CCUUGCCUAGUUGAGGUUCCUGACACUGUAUUCCCCAGGACGGGCAGGUAGAGAGCACGGAAUUCUUGUGGGGGAUUAAAAAUGGAUUUAACGUAUGUAGAACAAUUAACUGAAAAAGGUUCAGCGACUCCUGAAUUAAGUUCCUCGACUGAGGAUUCGUUGAAUUCCUUGGAGACGCUCUUUUAAGAGUAUCGGAAUACAUAUUCAAAUAAUCUGAUACGUUUGACACUACCUCUGUCAUCUCGAAAUGCAGUUUAAUACGCCUUUGUUAUUCCUAAUCGUACUGAGAAUUGGAAUCCUGGAUUGCCACAAUGUUCCAUGUACCUUCAACACAAUGUGCCUAUGCUGGGUGCAGGAUGACACAGAAUAUACGAAGAUGGAUAUCAGCUGUAUGGGCGUACCAUUCGCCAGGUUUCCUGAAAUAUCGGUAAGCUACGUGGCACAGCUGGAUAUCGUCGGAUCGGGCAUGCAGAUUCUUGAGAACGAUGCAUUGGCCGGCUCCUCUGUGGAAGCUUUUGGACUUAUGAGCAAUAGACUAACUAGUAUUGCUGAUAAAUCCCUUCUCGGAGUGGCCGAGAGCUUGCGUUCUCUUGACCUGAGUUACAAUACCUUGGAGGAAAUACCAUUCAGAGCUUUUCAAAGCUUGAGGAGGCUCAACUGGCUCAAUAUGCAUAGUAACCAUUUGACGACGCUCGAGGGAGAUUGGGGUCACGUCAGGAACACCCUGGCCAGUGCAUUCUUCGGUGACAACUUUAUCAACGAGAUCCCCAAGAGUUUUGAGAAUUUUAAAUCACUCGUAUGGUUCAAUCUGGACAAUAACAAUUUGCAGAUGAUACGCGAAUCGUGUCUGCCACCGAGCAUACAUACCCUAAGUCUGAAUAACAAUUUGCUCAAAUCAUUUCCAACGAGUCUUGGUGAUCUACCUGCCCUGAAUUGGCUAUAUUUACGAGGAAACAAUAUCAGGCACCUGGAGUUACCAAUUUUUCGUAAUCCUAACGUCGAGUUAUUGGAUCUCAGCGAAAAUUUUAUCGAGAGCAUCGCCAGUCCGAGCUACUCUAACUAUACUAUGCAUGUUAGAGACUUCAACUUGGCUAGUAAUAAACUAUCCAAGUUGCCAGCUGACAUGUUCACUGGUCUCAGGGUACGCAGAAUACAUCUCUCUUCGAAUGGAAUUCAAUCAGUAGAUAAAAACACUUUCCGUGGUCUCGAGGAGAGUCUCGAGUAUCUCAAUCUGGAGAACAAUGAACUGAGUGUCGUGCCCGAGGCUAUAGAAGGUAUGGAGAGGAUAUCCUAUCUUUAUUUGGCGAACAACAACAUCGGUAAUAUGACCUCGGAGAACUUUCGUGAGUUUGCUGAGAUUCUGAAAGCUCUAUCAGUAGCUACGAACAACUUGAGACAGGUCCCGGUGAACGCCCUGGAGCGAUGUCAGCAACUGUUACACCUCAACUUGGGAUACAAUAAGAUACAAAGCAUUGAACCUGGUGAAUUCGAGUGGGCAGAAAGCCUAGAGAUUCUUCUUCUACGGAAUAAUCUUAUAACCAAAUUAAAAUCUAAGACGUUCAAGGGUGCGAGUGAACUGAAGGAACUCAGUCUGUCAUUCAAUCAUAUAACGGAACUCGACGACGACGCCUUUCUCGGUAUUGAGACCUUGGAGAUUCUUGAAUUGAGCUUCGCCUUCGCCACGGAUAUUUUUCCUCGACUUGCAAUUAAGCCACUCACUAAUCUCCUCUGGCUGGUUCUUGACAAUAACAAUUUCCAAACAGUCGACGCGAGUGCCUUUUAUUCACUCCAGAAGCUCAGGUACCUCAAUCUAGAGUCUAAUAGACUUCAUUACAUUCCUGAGCAGGUAUUCCUCUCAAGUAUCCAUUCGGAGCUACGUGACGUUAAGCUUGGCUACAACUUCCUCGAGAGUAUACCUCAGGAUACCUUUCACAAACUGACCGAGCUGAGAUCCCUUGACUUCACAGGAAAUCGUAUACACGUCAUACCAGCUAAAUGCAUCUGGGAUUGUCCUAAGCUCUUGACGCUUUCACUGGCAUAUAACAAGAUCACUCGAAUGGAGAAAAAGGCAUUUCAGCAGCUGAAUAAUCUUCAGUUCCUGCACCUGGAAUUUAAUAAGCUGUCAGUCCUCGACUUGGAGUCUAUAAGUGAUAGUGGAUGUUCAGACUUCAGUCUAAACGUUUCCUACAACGCAAUAAGUACAAUAAAUCCAGGUUCUAUAAACAAUCUGACUCAUCUUGAUCUUGCGUUCAACAACAUUACUCAUUUAGUUAUGGACGUCUUCAAAGGCACACCGAAUCUGAGGACAAUUGAUCUGCGCAAUAAUCGUUUAAUGAGUUUGGAACCUGACACUUUUGCUCUGGCACGUCUAGAGAGUUUAAACUUGAGGAGCAAUAGAUUAAAGUCCAUCAGAAAACAAGCGUUUAAUGGAUUGGAGCGUCUUCAGCAGUUGGAUCUAGCUGGUAAUGAUAUUAACCAAUUGGCUAUGGAACAAUUUCGCUACCUAAAGAACUUGCGGGUUUUGGAUCUGUCCCGCAACGAGAUUCGUUCCCUUCUGCAGAAUGUAUUUGAGGGUACCCGGGUGGAGAUCUUGGAUCUGAGUCACAAUAGACUGACAGCAGUUCCCUCGCUGGCUUUUGCUGAACUUGGGUACACUCUGAGGGAUCUAAAUCUAGCUGACAACCUCAUAGAUCACCUGGACUCCACUGCGUUUCCAACUUCUUUAUUGACUUCCUUGAACCUGGCACGAAAUCGCAUUACGAUAUUGCCAGACAACUCUUUUGUCGCACUGGGCAAACUUCUUGUCCUGAAUAUGACGCACAAUAGUCUACAAGCCAAUUUUAAGGAACUUUUCCAUUACUUGCCUGACCUGCGUCAACUUUAUCUCGCCAAAUGUACCUUGAGGAAGAUACCCGUGCUACCACUGAAUCAGCUGACCUUCCUUGACGUGUCGUCGAACAACAUGCAUUCUAUAUCAGAUAGUGAUUUUCAAUAUCUUGAUCAGCUAAAAGUUCUUCGACUUGUAAAUAACAGCUUGUCUGCUGUACCAAUACUGAAACUGAAUUUUCUCAGGGAGCUCGACAUAUCUGGAAAUGCUAUAGAGGAAUUGACCAAGGAAAGCUUCUCCGGGUUUCCGAGACUAGACCGACUUAACCUGAAAAACCUAAACAAGAUGAAAUCUGUAGACAAGGACUCUCUACGCGAACUGUAUUACCUAAAACAUUUACAGAUCCAAACAUGGCCCCAAGCUGACGGAUUUCAUCUUCGAUAUUUAUUGAGUGACUUGCCACUACGUACGGUAGAAAUUCAAGUGAGCGAGCAUUUGCUCAAAUAUCAAAUUCAAAACGUCUUCUCAAAACAUAUCAAAGAGCUAACUAUAACUGGCCACGACUUGGAGACCAUUUCCUCUGAGGCAUUUUCAUCGAUCGAAGGUGGCGACUUCAUCCUGAGGAUUCGAGACACGCGAGUUCAGCGAUUCCAAUCAGAUAUAUUUUUAUCGUUAACAAAACGACUCUCACAAUUGACUCUUGAUCUGAGAGAUAAUAACAUAAACGAACUGAGUCCGUCCAUCAUCUACGGGAACCUCUCCUGGGAAGCUGUAGGAACAAACAUGGUUGCAGGUGGUCUACAAGUUUCUGGAAAUCCACUAGAAUGCGAUUGCGAGAUCGCUUGGCUGAGUCUUUGGCUACGAAGGUGGCUCCGGGAAUCACGUCAGAUACACACAGCAUCACAAUCAGACGCAAGACAGUUGCGCAGUAUUGCUGGAAGGGCCGUCUGCACAGAAACCACGACUUCCUAUUCCUCAGACAAAGUUCUUCUAACUCUAGGGACACCACACACAGCCUGUCAAGCAUCUGCAUUGAGUUCGGCGAGUUAUGGAUUUUAUCCUGUCUCGUUUCUAUACAUCGUGGUUGUUUUUCUACUAAGUCAAGUAUUAUCAACACUACCUUCAAAGGUGGGAAGUCAAAGAAUAUUAGCAACAAAUGGAUGAACAAUAAAAAAAAAGCAAACAUGUU